AUGACCAAUUUGAUCGACAGCGGAGUGGACAUUGUCGGCUGCAUGAACCUCACAUCCCUAUCGGACUUCGAGUCUGCCGUGUCACCGCUUGCAACCAGUCCCUCCUCGACGACUCUCCAUGCACCUCGUGCACCGCCAUUCUCUCGAGCGUCCACGCCUCAUACCUCUGCCGGCCGUCGGCCGUCUCAGACUGCACGACAUACCCCUUCAUAUAUACAAAGAUUAGAUUGUGAUCCGAAAUCUGGUUACCUCUGCAUAUAUAAAGAUGUGUUUGAUUACAUAUUAGUACCUUGGCAUUUUCAUUCCAUAACUGACAGGUUGGUUAAGUACGAUUGUAGAUCUUACCAAAGGAAAGUUCAAAAUAAGGCCCAAAUACGAUACCAAACCCAAUAA